UCGUUCGAGGGUGUGAUACUGUAUUGUCAAGUAACCAUUACAGCAGUCUAAAGGGUUGUCAUGUGUUCAAAUGCAAACAAGGAUGGCUGUCCUUGAAGUUUGCAUCGUCAUUCCAAGCAUGACCCAAUGUCAUGAAUCAUGUAUCGGUCGCUCGAUGGGGGGUCUGAGCUUUGCGACAGUUUGUCGAGGUGUAGUUGUCGCACAUGGAGGGAGGUCGUAGGUCGGAAACAAGGGGCAAGGACAUCUUGUUGAAAGCAUGCUUCGUCAUGCACGGCCGCCUGUCCGUGUUGCGCCAACGCUCGGCAGCCUGGCGCUGCGGCGUCGGUAUCAACACCAUGUCGGCGUUUCUACGCCAACAGCUCCUUCAGUUGACGCACAAUCGCUUCGAUUUUUUCUUUCGAGUCGACAUGUCCUUGGUUACGUCCCUUCUUCGCAUGCAGCAAGACCGACGGUUGGACGCCGCGACCGUUGGGCCACGCGACAAUCUCAAAGUUGCCCGUCGUCCCGGGAUCUUCGAGGGGGAUGAAGUUCACUUGACCUUCAUCAAAGUACUCCUUCAAUUCCGCGGUGGCGGCGUUGAAGAAGCGGACGAAGCCUCAGGCGCCGCAGAAUUGGAUCGUUACGUCAAUGGGAGCCAUCGUUGAUGUCGUUGAUUUGAGCAGGUCGUGGC